CCCCUUCCCGCCCGCCGCCCGCCCUCCCGCUUCGGCGGCGCUAGGACCCGGUAAGUGAGGGCGGCUGCCCGCGCUCCAUUGUCUGGAGCGGCGCGGGGUCGGGACGACGCGUGCCGGAGCGGAGGGACCUGAGGGACCGGGAGGGACGGACGGCCUCGCCGAGGACCCGAGCGAGCGCAGCCGCGGCGGCGGGAGAUGCGGGCCACGGCGCCCUGAGCGCAAGCACCGAGUACCGUGCACCGAGCACCGAUGGCGGGGCCGCGCGGCACCGCGCUCUGCCUCCUGGUGGCCCUGGCUCUGGACGCCUUCCGAGUGCAUGGUGACCUGGACACCGCUGUCUACCUGCCUGCUGCCCUGGAGCUCCUGGAUGCCCCCGAGCACUUCCUUGUGCAGCGGGCCAGCCACUAUGCCCCUGCCAACUCCUCUCUGGGCUCCCGAUCUGAGACCUUCCUGCUUCUGCACCCCUGGCCCAGGGCCCAGCCACUCCUCCGGGCCUCCUACCCGCCUUUUGCCACCCAGCAGGUCGUGCCCCCUCGGGCCACCGAGCCCCCUCAGCGGCCAGUCCCGUGGGAUGUGCGGGCUGUUUCCGUGGAAGCGGCCGUGACCCCAGCGGAGCCCCAUGCCCGCGUGGUCUUCCACCUCAGAGGGCAGGACUGGCCGCCCGGGCCUAGCAGCCUGCCCUGUGCCCGGCUGUAUGCCACGCACCCUGCAGGCACCACCCAGCGCGCCUGCCGCUUCCAGCCCGCCCUGGGCGCCUGUGCGGUGGAGCUUGCGCUGCCUGCACCCUGGUUUUCCGGGGGCGCCCCCUCGCGGGCCGAGCUGGCCUACGCGCUGGAGCCCGCCACCGAGGGCCCCGGGGGCUGUGCGCCGGGCCGGGACGAGGACCUGGGGCAGCGGGCCCUCCCGGUGGGGAGCGUGGAGCUGCGCCCCGAGGACCCCCCCCAGCACCGGGAGGUGCCCCUGGAUGAGGCGGUGACCCUACGGGUGCCCGACGCGCCCGUUCGGCCUGGCCAGCCGUUCACCUCCACGCUCCUGCUGCAACGCAACUUCACAGCCAGCGACCUGACGCUGCGGGUCAAGGUGAAGAAGGGGCUGCAGGUGACGGCUGCCCGCCCAGUGCAGCCUGCGCUCUGGACGGCCAAGCUGGACCGCGUCAGGGGCUCCAAGCAUCACAGCACCCUCAUCACCUGCCACCGUGCAGAGUUUGCCGGGCCCGACCCCAGCAGCGUCCCCGAGCCGUCCGAGUUCCUCUGGGUGGACUUCCUGGUGGAGAACAGCACCGGUGGGGGUGUGGUGGUCACGCGGGCCGUCACCUGGCAGCUGGAGUACCCGGGCCAGGCCCCCGCCGCAGAGAAGGACAAGAUGGUGUGGGAGAUCCUGGUGUCCGAGCGGGACAUCAGGGCGCUCGUCCCGCUAGCCAAGGCUGAGGAGCUGGUGAACACCGCUCUGCUGACUGGACAGCCCGGCCACGUCCCCGUGCGCCUGGUCACCAUGGACGCAGGGGGCGUCCUGGCCGAGGUGACGGAGCACAUUGGCUGCAAGUCGGCCGACACCCAGGUCCUGCAGGUCUCUGAGGCCUGUGACGCGCUAUUCGUGGCCGGCACCGAGAGCCGGGGCGCCAAGGGGGUGCGCGUGGACUUCUGGUGGCGUCGGCUCCGCGCCUCGCUGCGGCUGACAGUGUGGGCCCCGCUGCUGCCUCUGCGCAUCGACCUGACCGACGCCACCCUGGAGCAGGUCCGCGGCUGGAGGGUCCCCGGGCCCGCCGACGGCACGCAGGAGCCCGAGCCCGCGGAGGAGGCGGAGCGGCGCCCCCGGGGCUGCCGCCUGCUUUACCAGCGCGCAGGCGUGCGCGUCCUCGCGCCCUUUGCCGCGCACGCGCAGGACGGCGGCCGCCUCACGCACCUGCUGGGCCCCGACUGGCUGCUGGACGUGACCCACCUGGUGGCGCCGCACGCCCGUGUGCAGGACCCGCGCGUGGCCUCGCUGGAGGGCGGCCGCGUGCUCGUGGGCCGGGAGCCGGGUGUCACGGCGAUCGAGGUGCGGUCCCCGCUGUCCGACGCCAUCCUCGGGGAGCAGGCGCUGGCCGUCACGGACGACAAGGUCUCCGUGCUGGACCUGCGGGUGCAGCCUGUGAUGGGCAUCGCGCUGGCCCUGAGCCGGGGCACUGCCCACCCUGGGGAGGUCACGGCCACGUGCUGGGCACAGUCAGCCCCGCCCGCCCCAAAGCAGGAGGUGGCCCUGUCCUUGUGGCUGUCCUUCUCUGACCGCACCAUGGCCCCCGCCGAGCUCUACGACCGCCGUGACCUGGGGCUGUCCAUCUCGGCCGAGGAGCCCGGCGCCGUCCUGCCCGCCACAGAGCGAGGCACCCAGCUCGGGGUGGUGGUGAGUGGGUCAGGCACCGAGGCGCUGCCCCUGCACGUGGCUCUGUACCCGCCUGAGCCCUGCCGCCGCGGCCGUCACCAAGUGCCCCUGGCUUCCAGCACUGCCUGGCUGGGGCUGCCCCCCACACCCAUGCCGGCACCUGCCCUGCCACCGAGCCCGACCUGGAGCCCACUGGCCACCGAGGCCAGCGUGGGUGGCAGGCGGCGGGCAGCAGGCAGUGUGGAUGUGAGGGGCAAGUUCGAGCAGGCGGGAGAGGACAGCAAGGCCAGGGGGGAGGACAAGGACGAGGACGAGGAGGAGGAGGAGGAGGAGAUGGUGCCUGCCCCGCAGCGCGUCACAGACCUGGAGCUGGGCAUGUACGCCCUGCUGGGCGUAUUCUGCUUGGCCAUCCUCAUCUUCCUGGUCAACGGCGUGGUCUUCGUGCUGCGCUACCAGCGCAAGGAGCCCCCCGAUGGCGCUGCCGACCCUGCCUCCCCGCAGCCCCACAACUGGGUGUGGCUGGGCACCGAUCAGGAGGAGCUGAGCCGCCAGCUGGACCGCGGGGCCCCCGAGCUGCCCGGGGCAGAGGGCAGCUGCCCCUGCGGAAGCGGGGUUGCGGGGGAGCCCCAAGCCCCCGCACCCGGCCUGCCCGGGGACACCCCUGGCUCCUCUAGCACCCUGGCCCGCAAGGAAGUGGGGGGACGGCGCAGGCGUGUGGAGUUUGUGACAUUCGCCCCGGUGCCCCCAGCCCCACUGCCCGAGGAGCCUGCAGGGCCCCCCACGGUGCAGUCCAUCCUGGUGGCAGGCGAGGAGGACAUCCGCUGGGUGUGCGAGGACAUGGGGCUGAAGGACCCCGAGGAGCUUCGCAAUUAUAUGGAGCGGAUCCGGGGCAGCUCCUGACCCGUCCUGGCCGGCCAGGCCUGUGUCCCCCGUGGGCCAGCAGCCAGCAUGGCAUGGGGUCCCGGUAGCCUCCUGUCUCGCCCCACUCAUCCUCUGGUGCUUGUUGACCCACCCGUCCCUGUCUGGUCCCCGCCCUGCCCCUUGUAUGGACCUCGGUCCAGAAGAGCUUCUGCCCCUUAUUUAUGGGACCCGAGGCGUUCCACGUCGGGUACGGAAUAAACCAGAAAAGUGCCA